AACCUCAACGUACUUUAAAUCAUCAGAAACUAUAUCGAUACGUAACGAGAUAUACAGCCGCUUAUUGGGGCACGAGCUUUGUUAAUGAAUUGAGGCGUGUCAGCGAAGCAUUUUCACCACAAAUGCAAAGUCCACGCUUGUCUCCAGACCUUGUUCUAAGCGCUGCAAACGCGUCCAAAAAACAUCGUGUCAUUUUUCUCGACUACGACGGUACUUUAACCGAAGCCCACAAACUACCCGAAUUCGCCAAACCAAAGGAUACAAUCACGGCGACUCUUCGCGAUCUUCAAAACCAACCGAACACACACGUCUAUAUUCUCUCUGGCCGAAGUCAACAUCACCUCGAUACAUGGUUUGAGUCGACUGGUGUGGGUCUCUCGGCUGAACACGGCUGUUUCUACAAGCAUCCGAAGUCAUUGAGAGGUGUCAUAGAUCCAACCGCAAAUUCCGCUGCUGAGGGGAAAUCAUUGAAGGAGGAAGGCAAUGGGUGGUAUAGAUUAGUUGAGCAGGUUGACCCAACGUGGAGGGAGACCAUCAGGCCGUUGUUUCAACAUUAUAAGGAUAGGACUCCUGGCUCGUUUAUUGAAGAAAAGGAGAUUAAUUUAACGUGGCACUAUCGUAACGCUGAUCCCGAGUUUGGAUCAUGGCAGGCGACGGAGCUUCAAGUUAAUUUGGAAAAGUCACUGAUCCAUUUGGCACUGUCGAUUGUGCGUGGCAAUAAGACGCUUGAAGUUCGUCCGUCCACAGUCGACAAAGCAACAGCUGUCCGUGCCAUUCUUAAAGACUUACAGCAGACACAGAAUCAUGUUGAUUUUAUUUUAUGCAUAGGUGAUGGAAAGACGGAUGAACCUGUAUUUGCCAUGUUGAAAGAAAUGGCUUCUGACUGUAUUACGAGUACUGUUGGUAAAAAGCAGACGGAAGCUAAAUACUAUAUUGAUAAUGUGAAGGACGUUGAAAAACUGCUCGAUGCUCUAAGCAAAAAGCUACAUUAG